CGUGUUUUUCGUGUUAAUUAUUGAAAGUACUCACUGAAUUCUGCAGUAAAAAGGUGCUUGACUUGGUCAUAGUUACAACACACACGAAACAAGUUGAAGAAAACUACAUCUUUCUGUAAAAACACUUCUUUCUGCCGGCCAAAAUGGUGCGUCCUGGACUAAUGCGAGGCGGAGGUCGAGGUGGAAUGGGAAUGGGCAUGCGUGGUGUUCGCGGUGGUCCAUUUAUGAACAAGAAGACCUUUCUACCCCGCCAUCCUUUUGAUCUAACUCUGGCCGAAAUGGCAUUUCCUCGCGUUCAACCUGUUCCUGAUGACACCGUGCUGACCAAUGCGCUGCUGAAACGAAGCCAAGAUCUCACUCCCACCGCUCAGGAACAGACUGCAAUUUCCAACCUCGUUGCCAAGGUCCAAGGCGUGCUUGACAACAUCGUGAUUGCUCCGGGUGACUUUACCAAAUGCCAGCUGGAAGAGGUACGCCAGGUUGGAUCGUACAAGAAGGGCACCAUGAUGGCCGGCAAUAACGUUGCGGAUAUAGUCAUCAUUCUCAAGUCGUUUCCGACGAAGGAUUGUGGCGAGGUGUUGGGGAAAAAGGUCGAAGAAGAUCUAAAAAAGUCUAUGAAAACAGAAGUUGUCCCGAAGGCGGAAGCGCUCUCGUUGGCGUACAGUGAAAAGGGAUUCGAAAUUUCCAACUCGCUGGCCAAGGUCCGGUGUCUGAUCGCAACGCUACCGCAAAACAUGCGCAAACUGGAAGCCGAAAAACAUUUGGACUUUAAGAUCAUACAAAACCAUCUGGCCGCGAUACGACACAUUCGCUGGUUUGAAGAGAAUGCUCACCAUUCGACGAUAAAAGUAUUGAUACGCAUAUUGAAAGAUCUUGCUCGGCGCUUCGACGGAUUCAAACCGUUAAACCCUUGGAUUUGUGACCUGCUCGCACAUUCUGCUAUCAUGAAUAACCCCAGCCGUCAAGCCCUGCCGGUUAAUGUCGCUUUCCGGCGCGUAUUCCAACUGCUAGCCUCCGGGCUGUUCGUCCCAGGUUCGGCUGGGAUAACGGACCCGUGCGAGGUGGGCCAUUACCGGGUGCACACUACAAUGACACUGGUUCAGCAGGACGAAUGCUGUAUGACAGCCCAAACGCUGGUGCGCGUUCUGGCUCACGGUGGCUACAAACACAUCCUGGGCUUCGUGGAAAACUCAACGGUAGCGAAAGAAAUGUCCGUUUGGGACGGUGUGGUCGUUUCGCCUAUGGAACCGGCGUACGAGAAACCUUCGGAGAAAAAAGACGGGGAAGAUGACGAUAUGGAAGGCGUCGAUGGGGACACGAUCGACGAUGAUGCUUUGGAGUGAAGUAAACUCUAGAAUCGGACCGUAGCGACAACGUUUUUGGGUAUACUAAGUAACUUUAUUCGGAACACUUCAUUUGGUCAUGCUAUUUUACUGCUAGUUUAGCUCCCCAACUGUUUUGCAAUUUUAAAGAAAAGAAGGUCAAACGAUCGUACAUCUGUAUAAUUUUAUAAGUUUUAAUUGAAUACUUGACUAUAAUUUUAUUUGGUUUAUGUUGAACCGUCCAUAGACGAAAUUUGCAGCAUCUUGUUGCGUCUGAAUAAUGUAAUCGUCAUUUGUGUUUAGCCAUCAGCAGACUAAUAGGACAUAGAGUAGUAAUAAUCAACAUUCUUUGAGAAAGGGUCAAUCUUCCACCUUUCGGGUAGGCAAUUGGUCAUGUCUUUUCUAAAAAAAACUCGAAAAAAAUUUCAACGGACAAAACAGUUAAGGAGUUGAGAUUGAACAAGAUUUGCUUAUGAUUGCCUAACAAAAUGCACUGUCUUUCCUUUUUAAAUUACAAGACUUUUCAACUAUGAACCAUAAUAAAGCGCUUAAUGUUUGAUUCUACUCUCUAA